GAGAGAGAGAGAGAGAGAGAGAGAGAGAGAGAGGGAGGGAGAGGGGCGAGAGAGGUGCACUCUGUGUGUGUAGUGAUCAGUCAGGAGGGUUUAUUGUAGGUGCGAGCGUCUCAAUCUCAAGCUCAUUUUUCAUCCUCCGCUUCGGUUGUUCUGGAUCAUGAGUGGUGAAUGGCCGCUGGGAGACGAGAGUCUGGACGCGUCAGAGGAGGAGAAGUAUGAGGAGCUAUGGGAGCGAGUGGAAGGAGUCCGACACAAACUCACUCGCCUGUUAAACCCGGCCAAACUCACCCCGUACCUGCGUCAGUGUAAAGUCAUCGAUGAGCAGGAUGAAGACGAGGUGCUGAACUCCAGUCAGUUUCCACUGAGAAUCAGUAAAGCUGGUCGUUUAUUGGACAUCCUGAGGGGGCGUGGCCAGCGGGGUUUACAGGCCUUCAUGGAGUCACUGGAGUUCUACCAUCCUGAACAAUACACACAACUCACAGGACAACAACCCACACAACGCUGCUCCAUCAUGCUCGAUGAGGAGGGUCCGGAGGGUCUGACUCAGUUUCUGCUGGUUGAGGUGCGUAAGUUGCGCGAGCAGUUGCGUAUGAGUCGUUUGUGUGAACGGCGUUUCUCUCAGCGCUGCCGUGUGGCCGAGGAGGAGCGCAGCCGAGCCGAACGCAAAGCACAAGAGCUGCGACAGGACAGAAUACAACUGGAGAGGUUGAGGCAGGAUUGGGAGUCUGGUAGUCGUGAGUUGGGUUUACUGAAGGAGAGACUUCUGGAUCAGACGGUGAAGUACUCACGAGUGUUAGAGGAACAACGCAGAUCUGCUGCUCGUGAGAGAGAGCUGCUCACUGAGGUGGAACAGCUCAGGAGGACACUGCAGGAGGUGGAGAAAGCAAAAGAUGUUGACUCCGCCCCCUCCCUGACCCAUCAGGUGUGUGGCCACACCCAAUCAGUGCUGGAGGACAAACCACAACCCCCUGAGACGAACAGAGGGUGUGUCUCUGGAAAUCAGGCUCUGUUGGAUAUUCUCCAGCAGGAUCGGAGAGAAGCCACUGAGCAGAGACAGGAGUUGUGCUGUUCUAUCGCUAGGCUGCAGGGAGAUCUGGACACCUCAGAGGCGCAGAGAGAAAAGUUGGCGUCUCAAUGUGAGCAGAUGCAUCUGAGGGUCAGGACUCUACAGUUGGACUGGGAGACAGAACAGAGACGAUGUGUGUCCUACUUCAACCAGAUCAUGGAGCUGGAGAGAGAGAGAGACCAGGCUCUGCGCAGUCGUGACAGUCUGCAGCUGGAGUUCACAGACUGCCUGCUGGAUAAGAACCGUCUGCGCAAACGUAUCGCAGAGCUGGAGAGCAGUUUAGAGCAGCUGCAGAGAGAGACGGAGAGAAACCACGAGAGGAGAGAGCAGAGCGCCACCUGUCUGAACUGUUCUCACGUGUCGUUGUUCAGUGAGGAUCAGUGUUUUGGGCCCUGCUGUUCUGGAGAUCUGAGCCCCAGUUUACACACACGUGGAGCUCACUGGAAGUCGCCCGCUGGAGCUCAAAUCAGUGAACAGUCUGAAGACACUUGCUGUUCAAAUUCACCCGAGUGUAACACAGAGAAGGACAUCAACAGACUGUCUACAUUUCCAUUUCCACCCUGUAUGAACUCUAUCAACCGCAGAGUGAACAUGGAAUUUGAUUUGAAUUCUCUGGGGAGUGAUGACAACGAGCCCAAUGCAGAAGAGUCAGAUUUGUGUCUGUGGAGUUCGUGGGGUUCUCUGCCGUCUCAGCCCUUUCCUCCUGAUCUGAGCAGUGUGACUCCGCCCACUCCCAUCAAACCAUCAUCAUCAUCACUGGGAUUGUCUCCUGUACCGUCUUCCUCGCUCAGAAGCCUCAGUCUGGCCGAUGACAUCACUCUGGUGGGGGGCAACCGGACGGGUGUAUUUGUUCAGAGUGUGAAGGGGGGCUCGUGUGCGGAGCGGUGCGGUCUGAGGGAGGGCAGUGAGCUACUGGAGCUGGAUCAGGUGCUGUGUGCGGGGGGUCGUGUUCUUCUACAUCAGUGCACCGCUGAAGUGGCUCAUUUCUCUCUGCGCUGGUGGACAGAACCGGACUCACUGAGACACACACACAACCAACAGAAAUAUUCUGAUUUAAGCGCUGAACUCUCGUCUCCUGAUUUCACUGGUGCUGAUUCCUUCUAUGUGCGUGUGAACCUUGACCUCUGUUCCCAUGGCGACCCCCCAUGUCUCAGUGUUCACUGCGAUGAUGUGCUGCACGUCACUGACACACGUUACAACGGCAAAUAUCAGUGGCGCUGCGUCCGUGUGGAUAAACACACAGCCAAAGCACUGCAGCCCGGAGCCGUGCCCAACUACAACAGGGCUCAGCAGUUGUUGUUAGUGAGACUCCGUACGAUGGCGCUGGAGCAGAAUCACUGCAGGAGGAUGUUCUCUAAGAAAACUCCCGAGCGUGUUCGUCUGAUUAAAGCGGUCGCAUCAAACUACCGUGCCAUUGGCUCGUCCGCUCCCGUGCUCUACACACUCAGUAACCGUCACGAGGAGCAGUUGAUUCCCUACAGUCUGGUUCAGAUGAUUCACGUGUCCAGUAAGCGUCCGGUGAUUUUCUCUCCGUCCGUUCUGUCCCGCGCGAUCAUCGAGAGACUCCUGCAGCCGGCAGAAUCCGGUCUGGACUUUGACACCUGUCAACCGGAGCCGCUGGAGGGAUGUGUGCGUGAGGAUCGAAGCGUGUUCCUCUCAAACUCUUCAGAUCAAGCCAUGGGAAUCAAACUACAGAGUGUUCAAGAGGUUAUAAACCAGGAGAAACACUGUCUGCUCCCGCUGGCCCUGAGCUGUGUAGACAAUCUACUGAAGCAAAGCAUCUAUCCCAUCAUCAUCUACAUCAAACCCAAAGACAAGAAAGGCAGAAAGUUCAGGAAGCUGUUAUCGGGCUGUAGGGAGGAGGAGGUGAUGCAGGCGUGUCAGAUGGAGGAGCUGCAGUUAGAGACUCUUCCUCUCAUGUUCUGUACGCUUGAGCCCAACACCUGGACCAGCACUGAAGAUCUUCUGGCUGUCCUCCGCAGCACAAUCCUGACCCAGCAGAGGUCUGUGGUGUGGCUGGAGCAGGACCGCAUCCAGCAGACCUGAACCUCUUCUUUUAGCUUUCAUUACCGGAGGGAUGCUUAAAAACAGAUUGCUUACUGAUUAUAGGCGCUUUCAUCUUGACAAACGUUACUGCGCAUGCGCACUUUUGUGAGCCCAUCUGAACUUCCGGUACACAUUCACAAACAAUCGAGUGCCUGUAGAUUACUUCUGAAAACAAUCAAAAGAAACCGAGAAGAAGCGUUGCUUGGCUAAACUUGACUCUUCAGUAUUUUGAAUUUAGACUGCGAUACCAAUCUCAACCGCUAGGUGUCAGUGUACCAUACGGUUUCUUUAAAUGCGACCGAACUACAGGACCCAUUCAACAUUGUUUAUUUAAAGGCGGGUGUCCGAUUUCUCUUAGCCGUUGUUGAUGUUCAAAUCACCAAAACAGACACACCCCUACCCCCAUCAGUCGCUUUCGUCAGCUCUCGGCUCGACUAAUGUCCGUCCUGUGCACUGUGCACCUUACUGCUGAUUGGCUACAAGGUUGUUUUGGUACUCGGCCCGACUUGUCUAAACAAUGCGUAAUUCUGAAAUCGGACACCCCGCCCCGCCUUUAAUAAAAUGAACAUAAAACAAAAUUCAACAAAUCGUUUAUUUAAUACAAUUAUUCUACAGUAAAAUAAUCAUACAAAUGAAUAUUAACAUGAAUUAAAUAAAAUAUAAAUAGAUAUAUUAGAGACCAGCCAAACACAAACCGGAAGUUAACUGGGGGUCAGGCGCACGCGCGUCCUAUGAAACGGUCUAUAUGACUGAUUUAUAAUGUGAACCCUGUUCGAAUGUUUUAUAUAUCAGACAUUUUGUAUAUCAAGCAAGUGUAGAUCUUAUAUCAGCUGUUUAAGUUACAGUAUUGAAGCUGACUUUAGUCUGAGCCUCAGAUGUCCUCAAGCACAACUGUACAUUUCUUUAUCCCUUUGUUUAUCCCUUCAGAACACAAAAUAAGAUAUUUUGAAGAAUGUUGAUAACUAAACUCCAUUGACUUCCAUUACAUGUACACAAAACCACCGAGACAUUCCUCAAAAUAUCUUAUUUUGUGUUCUAUUGAAGAAAGAC